CUCCUACGGCGGCCGCAGCGGCAGGGGCGGGGCCGGAGAGGAGCCGGUGGCGGCCGAGGGAGCCCCCGGGAAGGCCACCUGGGUGCCCUCGGUGCCUCACUCGGACCCCUGCGGCCUCCCGGGUUCACGAGGACUUUUGCGCGCAGCCAUGGGCAGCGUCGGGGAGCCCGGCGGGGGUCCGGGGCCUCGGGAGGGGCCCGCGCAGCGGGGGGCGCCGCCGCCCACCUUCCGCUGGGAGCAGAUCCGCCAGCACGACCUGCCGGGCGACAAGUGGCUGGUCAUUGAGCGCCGCGUCUACGACAUCAGCCGCUGGGCACAGAGGCACCCGGGGGGCAGCCGCCUCAUCGGCCACCACGGCGGCGAGGAUGCCACGGAUGCCUUCCGCGCCUUCCACCAGGACCUCAAUUUUGUGCGCAAGUUCCUGCAGCCCCUGCUGAUUGGUGAGCUGGCCCCGGAGGAGCCCAGCCAGGACGGACCCCAAAAUGCCCAGCUGGUUGAGGACUUCCGAGCCCUGCGCCAGGCAGCCGAGGACAUGAAGCUGUUUGAAGCCAAGCCUGCCUUCUUCGCUCUCCUGCUGGGCCACAUCCUGGCCAUGGAGGCGCUCGCCUGGCUCAUCGUCUACCUCCUGGGCCCGGGCUGGGUGCCCAGCAUCCUCGCCGCCCUCAUCCUAGCCAUCUCCCAGGCCCAGUGCUGGUGUCUGCAGCACGACCUGGGCCACUCCUCCGUCUUCCGGAAGUCCCGCUGGAACCACAUGGCCCAGCAGUUUGUGAUGGGGCAGCUGAAGGGCUUCUCCGCCCACUGGUGGAACUUUCGCCACUCCCAGCACCACGCCAAGCCCAACGUCUUCCACAAGGACCCAGAUGUGACCGUGGCGCCCGUGUUCCUCCUGGGAGAGUCGUCUGUGGAGUACGGCAAGAAGAAGCGCAGAUAUCUGCCCUACAACCACCAGCACCUGUACUUCUUCCUGAUUGGUCCACCGCUGCUCACCCUGGUGAACUUUGAAGUGGAAAACCUGGCGUACAUGCUGGUGUGCAUGCAGUGGGCGGACUUGCUCUGGGCUGCCAGCUUCUACUGCCGCUUCUUCUUGUCCUAUGUCCCCUUCUACGGCACCCCCGGGACACUGCUCCUCUUUGUUGCUGUCAGGGUCCUGGAGAGCCACUGGUUCGUGUGGAUCACGCAGAUAAACCACAUCCCCAAGGAGAUCGGCCACGAGAAGCACCGCGACUGGGCCAGCUCGCAGCUGGCAGCCACCUGCAACGUGGAGUCCUCACUCUUCAACGACUGGUUCAGCGGGCACCUCAACUUCCAGAUCGAGCACCACCUCUUCCCCACGAUGCCACGGCACAACUACCGCAGGGUGGCCCCGCUGGUCAGGGCGUUGUGCGCCAAGCACGGCCUCAGCUACGAGGUGAAGCCCUUCCUCACCGCCCUGGUGGACAUUGUCGGGUCCCUGAAGAAGUCUGGUGACGUCUGGCUGGAAGCCUACCUCCACCAGUGACGGCGGCACCGGGCAGGUGGAGCAGGGGGUAAGCCGUGCUGGACUUGGCUUCACUACUCAGCAAAAUGGACCAGGGGCUGGGCCUGGCAGGAGCCAGGCGGGGGGAAGCCGGGGGUUCUCCUGAAAUGAGCUGCCUGCCCAUGCAGCUCUCCACCUGCCAUCUCAGUCCCUGCCCUUCGUGUGGCACAGGUGGGGUGCAGCGUGCCUGUGCUCAGGGGCUCAUGGUAGACGAUGCCGGGUCUCACCCCUCACCCUGCCUCACCCCCUGGGGCCUGGUACUGGCCUGCGGUUGCUGCAGUGAAUAAACCGGACCCCCAAUG